GCGCUCUCGCGCCUGUGCAGUGGCCGCGGGCGCGCGCGCGCCGCCUCCGGCUCGGCCUCCCGCUGCAGUAGGUGCAGGCGCGCCGUGGUCUCGGUGAGCAUGUCCAUGAGCAGCUCCUGGUGCAGCUUCAGAUCAUGGAAGGGAAGAAGCUCCUGUGCUUGCUACUAGUCCUGGGGACAGCCGUCACUCAGGCUCAUGAUGGCCACGAUGAUGACAUGAUUGACAUUGAGGAUGACUUGGAUGAUGUCAUUGAGGAGGUGGAGGAUGUCCAGUCAAAAGCAGAUGCAGCAGCUUCUUCAUCCCCCAAGGUCACUUAUAAAGCUCCCACCGCAACGGGGGAAGUGUUCUUUGCGGAUUCUUUUGAUCGAGGGACACUGUCAGGGUGGGUCUUGUCCAAAGCGAAGAAAGACGACACUGAUGAUGAGAUCGCCAAGUACGAUGGGAAAUGGGAGGUGGAGGAGAUGAAGGAGUCAAGGCUCCCAGGUGAUAAAGGGCUGGUACUGCUGUCUCGGGCCAAACACCACGCCAUCUCUGCCAAGCUGAACAAGCCCUUCGUGUUCGACACCAAGCCACUGAUCGUGCAGUAUGAGGUGAAUUUCCAGAAUGGCAUCGAAUGUGGUGGAGCCUAUGUCAAACUGCUUUCCAAAACCCCGGAGCUCAACCUGGAUCAUUUCCAUGACAAGACUCCGUACACCAUAAUGUUCGGGCCAGACAAGUGUGGCGAGGACUACAAGCUCCAUUUCAUCUUUCGCCACAAGAACCCCAAAACAGGAGCUUAUGAAGAAAAGCAUGCCAAGAGGCCUGAUGCAGAUCUGAAGACAUAUUUCACAGACAAGAAGACUCAUCUGUAUACUCUAAUCCUGAACCCAGACAACAGCUUUGAGAUCUUAGUGGACCAGUCCGUGGUAAACAGUGGGAACCUGCUCAAUGAUAUGACCCCUCCCGUCAACCCAUCCCGGGAAAUUGAGGAUCCGGAUGACCGGAAGCCAGAGGACUGGGAUGAGCGCCCCAAAAUCCCUGAUCCUGAUGCCGUCAAGCCAGAUGACUGGGAUGAAGACGCCCCUGCCAAGAUUCCAGAUGAGGAUGCCACGAAGCCCGAGGGCUGGUUGGAUGAUGAGCCUGAGUAUGUGGCUGACCCGGAUGCAGAGAAGCCCGAGGAUUGGGAUGAAGAUAUGGAUGGGGAGUGGGAAGCCCCACAGAUUGCAAACCCCAAGUGUGAGGCAGCACCUGGCUGUGGUGUCUGGCAACGGCCUAUGAUUGACAAUCCCAGCUAUAAGGGCAAGUGGAAACCUCCCAUGAUUGACAAUCCCAGCUACCAGGGCAUCUGGAAACCCCGGAAAAUCCCCAACCCUGAUUUCUUCGAGGACCUGGAGCCUUUUAAAAUGACCCCAUUCAGUGCCAUCGGUUUGGAGCUGUGGUCCAUGAGCUCAGACAUCUUCUUUGAUAACUUCAUCAUCUCAGCUGAUCGCCAUGUGGUGGAUGACUGGGCCAAUGAAGGCUGGGGCUUGAAGCGGGCUGCUGAUGGCGCCGCUGAGCCUGGAGUUGUGGGGCAGAUGAUCGAAGCAGCUGAGGAGCGGCCCUGGCUCUGGGUGGUUUAUAUCCUCACCGUGGCGCUGCCUGUCUUCCUCCUCGUCCUCUUCUGCUGCUCUGGAAAGAAACAGUCGGGACCUGCAGAGUACAAGAAGACUGAUGCCCCCCAGCCAGAUGUGAAGGAGGAAGAAGAAGAGAAGGAAGAGGAGAAGGACAAGGGGGACGAGGAGGAUGAGGAGGAGGGGGAAGAGAAGCUAGUAGAGAAGCAGGACAGUGAUGCCGAGGAAGAGGGCGGCUUAGCCAGUCAAGAGGAGGAGGGUCGAAAACCUAAAGCAGAGGAGGAUGAAGUCUUGAACAGAUCUCCAAGAAACAGAAAGCCACGGCGAGAGUGAGCUUGUCUGAAGGACUCCACGUGGGACGGCCUCACCCAGCCUUCCUCUCUCUCCUGCAAGUGUGGCCUGUGGAGGGGACCUGGCCUGUCAUCGGUUGACACACACCCCCUUCUAUUGGCCACUGCCCCACUCACCCCCACCCUCAACCCCUCUCCUCCGGACUCUGGAUGAACACUGGCCCCCUGCCGAGUCUGCUCCUCCAGCCAGCUACUCGUAGUCUGGGCCUCCAGAACCCCAUUUCUUAGGAAGGAAGCGUAUAACAUGGUGGUUUGCGGGUCCAUGACAAAGCAUCUCCCCACACUUGUUGGCUCUCUCGACCUCUUAUGUGUUUUCUAGUUUCUUUUUCUUUUUUUAUCUUUUUUUUUUAAGAGUGCUUAGGAAACUUUACUCUUGGAACAAAAUCUGCGCUUAAUUUAAUAUAUUAAUCUGUUCACGCAGGAGUUAACACC